UCCCCAUCAGGGGUGGUGAUUCACGGCCGCGGCUGCUCUGAAUGCCUGCGGGGGCAGCGCUGCUCCUUCCUCGUCUCCAUCCGCGCGCCCGCCCACUGGAUAGCGCCGGAGCAAACAGACAAGGGCAGCAAGCACACGUGGUGGCAGCGGGAUCUCUCUCUGCUGCUGCGCGGGCCAGCGCUCGCCCAUGGGGACGUGCGGUGCCUUGAUCCCCCUGGGUGCUUGGAGCUGAGUGUCUCAUACCGCGUGUGGGACAUUGGGGAAUACUGCAGUGCUGCUGCUGGCUGGCUGGUGGCAGAGCGAUCUCUCUCUGCUCCUCCGCGGCCCAGCGCUCGCCCACGGGGACGUGCGGUGCCUCGACCCUCCUCACUGCUUGGACUUAUCCGUUUCCUACCGCGUGUGGGACAUUGGGGAGUACUGCCCCACACUCAGUCCCCGCUCUUCCAUCCCUUCUGCCCUCCUCUUGUGCUACCCUCCUCUUCCUUCCAUCCCCCCUCCCUCUCCAGUUGGGCAUUCUUCCCCUGCUCACCUAAGGAGCUUCCUCCCUCUCAGUGGAUCUCAGCCCUCGAUCGCCGCGGCAUCCGAGAGAUCUCGAUCGUCGGCGAUUCGCAUCAACGGUUCCUAGCAGCCCACCUGUUCUUCCUGCUCACGGGGGAAGACAUGACAGAAAUGGAGAAAGGGCGGACUCCACCCACGCUCUCUCAAGCGCACUGGACCGUUCCCAACCAUUUCACCCACCGCUGA